AUGACGAAAUAUAAUCAAACCUUACUUUUAUUUUUCGUCAUAACUGCUGUUUUUAGUUGUUUUAGCAAAGUAAAUGCAGCAGCUAUCUUAUCAGAUCUACAGGCUAGAUCCAUUCAAAGUCCGCAGGACGGAACUACAACUCCUGUAACACCAAAAGAACCAAAAGCAUUCUAUUAUAAUCAGACCAUGGAUCAUUUUAACAAAAAAUCGAAAAAAUUCUUUCAAAAAUAUUAUGUAAAUUCAACUUUUUAUAAAGAAAGUGGUCCAAUAUUUCUUUACACACCUGGAGAAUCCGGAAUUGAACCAUCGAUAACAACGUUUUCAUUCAUUAGUGAAUUGGCGGCAAAUUUAAGUGGACUUUUAAUAAACAUUGAACAUAGAUAUUAUGGCGAAAGUUUUCCAUCAAAUGAUUUUAAAUAUUUAACAAUAGAUCAAGCAUUAUUUGAUUUUGCAAAUUUCAUAAAAAAUCCACCAGAAGUUUUAAAAAUUCCUAAAGACGCUAAAUGGAUAACCGUAGGAGGGUCUUAUGCAGGAAAUCUGGCAACGUGGAUGAGAAAAACGUUCCCAAAAGACGUAUUUGCAGCUUAUGCAUCUUCGGCUCCAUUAGAGGCAAAGUUAGAUUUCUUUGAAUUCGAUCAAAGAGUAUCUAAAGCUUUACCUUGUGCGAAAAAUAUUUCGGAUGCAUUUAGUUUUGUAUUUGAUCCUAUUCUGACGUCCGGUAAUGAGUCGGCUAUCUUAGAAUUGAAGCAGACAUUUGGUUUAGAAAUGAUCGAAGAUAACCGAGAUUUUGCAUCCGCGUUAAGUCAUCCUACUGCUACCAUUGUACAAGAAUAUGUUCCCCCUCAAUCAUCCGAACAACUUGAUAAUAUCUUGGCUAUUUGUGGCCCGUUUGCUCAAGCUCCCGAAUCCCCAGAAACUUCUGCAUUUAUUUACACAGAAGGAGUUAAAGCAUUCUUAAAUAUUACAGGCCUAACCACCCCUGAAGCUAAAAUUAAAGCAUUUGCAACGACUGCGAUAAAUGCGAAAGGAAAUAAGGAUUUGGCUUCCUUUACUUAUCAGUAUUGUACUGAAUUAGGUUAUUAUCAAACCGCUCCAAAAAAUCCUUUGCUAUCAAUUCGUUCAAAAAUUAUAGAUAUCAGUUAUUAUCAAGGACAAUGUGAUUUCAUAUUUCCCGGAAUAGUUUCUUCUCCAAUGAUUAAUAGAACAAAUAAGAAAUUUGGUGGUUUUAAUGGAAAUUUCUCGAAAACCAUUUUCGUUAAUGGUGACAUGGAUCCUUGGACUGCGUUAAGCGUUAGUAGUGAUUCGGUUAAUCCAAAAACCGCCGAAGAAAAUAGUAUUUUCCUUAUUAAAGGUGGUUCUCAUGUAACUGAAUUUGAUCCACCUUUACCUUUUGACUCUGACUCAUUAAAAGAAUCGAGGAUUUUUGUUCGUGACACUUUGGCUAAAUGGUUGAACGAGUAG